CUUCGCGUCACCAUCCAUGGAGAAACGUGGCUUUUCCAAAUUCCAAGUGCCAAACCUUCAACCGAACAUGGUUAACGUUGACCGGGAAUGACCUUCUACGACAACCAUGGUGCGGUUCUGCCCAUGCAGCAAUCACAACUAUCAAUCUUCAUCGAUAUCGACAGAGGAAACAUGGCACAUUUCGUGAUAGCCGGGAAAGCAGAUGACAUUGAAUUCGCCAAGGCGGAAGUGCUCGCGCACCGUCUCCUCACCAACCUUCCCGAUUUCCAUGCCGACUUCAUCUUGAAGCAUCCGCGAGAAUGGGACGCAUUUGUAGAAGCUACGGUCACGCAGAAUCAUUGGACUCAUCGAUUAGCGCGGGAUAGGACGCUGAAGACUCCAAAGAACUUACCGCAAUUGAUAUGGAGGGAGAGUGGGGAGUUGAUUGGCAACACCAAAGAUUUCUUAGACCUUAUGAAAGCGACGUAUGAUCAGGACCUGGACGUCAACGACAUAGAGUUGAGAAGAAUCGCGGAGGAGAACAUGUCGGAGUUGUUGGCGCACACCGCCAAAUGAGCAAAAACGAGUACAUGUGGAGUCUGUAUCUUAGCUCUCCAACUGGUUCUACGGCAUCCGUGCGGCUGCACUCUUGUUGAAUUCAAUUUGUCACUUCGAAUUCAGCACCUUCCUCUUCUACGAUCAGUUCGCGCAUGACUGAGUUCCCGUCCUUCUCAUAUGCCUUUGUGACCCUCUGCACAAGCCCAACGUUUGGCCGACUAUGAGCGGCGUUUGUCCCCGAGAGACGGCUGCCAUCCUGUCAUCUUGGUAGGUGAACACGAGAGACAACAUGGUCAAGCCGUUACCGCCUCCCAUGAAGGUAGGUGUCAGAGGCUAGGUCCAAGUGUGUGAUUGAACUUGCUGGCGGAAGAUGCCUAUGCGUUUGUGUUGUGUGCAUCAGCGAUUCCACUUUUCCAUCGCGUCGACGUGG